AUGAUCAGGCAGGAAAUCCUUGUUGAAAAGAUGAAGGCUGAAAUUGAUGAUACUAAACAACGAGUAGUAGACACUUUGGUGGAUCUGAAAACUGAAAGAAACAAGUUCGCCGUGGAUAUUGAUCGUAUUGAAAAUGAGAACAGAAUUAAAAUGGAGGGCAUUUCUACAGAAAUGGAAAGGAUAAUAGGAUCAGCCAUUACACCAUCGGUCGCCUUCAAGGCACACAAAAUAUCCGACAAGAAACUAGCGGACAAAAAAUUGAUGAUUUUCGAGGACACUAUUUUUACUAUUGGAAAUGCAUACAACAAUCAGACUGGCAUAUUUGUUGCGCCUGUCGGUGGAAUAUACCAUUUCUCAGCUCAGAUAUGUGUGGCAAGCGAUGACUGGAUGUAUUUUGGUAUUUUGCUGGGAGAAAAGUUGAUAUCAAGUUCAGCAAAUGGUGACAAAUUUGGCGGAUGUUUCACAUUCGAUGCUAUCGCCGCGGUAGAAGCAGGGCAGUGUGUAUCUGUACAAUGUACAAACAGUUGCAGCGGAGACAGCCUCUGGGAAAGCGGACAUGCUGUGGCAUGGGCAGAUGAAGAUAUCAUGAGUCCUCACAACAGUCUCCUUGCAGCAAAACUUCAGAUGAGUCCAGUGGUUGCAGGACUGGAAAUCACAUUGAGCCCAUUUAAGCAGCCUGGCAAAGGAGAAGUGGACGAAGAAGAUCCAGUGUGUGGAACUGUAUAG